ACAACUCAUCCAGGAGCAUUUGCUGUCAGAAGCAAGUUUCCUCACUUAACAGCUGCUGCUGUGAGCCCACGUUCCAGAGAACAGCCCUAGGCUUUCCAAGAAGACUGUUUCUGCCAGCCCUGCUCAGGAGGCCUGCUGUCUGACCACGAAGGAGCUUUGCUGAAGCAUAUGCUGCUGCUUCAGUAGCCUGACCUCAGGCUUUGGAGGGUGGUGGCUUGGUGUCCUGUGCAAUGAUUAUGGAAGGCAAAAUCAUUCCAGUUUUGCAGACUUCCUUUUCCCUAAUGUGACUGGUCCCACAGUCUGAGGCACAGAGCAGAAGGAAAUAACAAAAGGUAUCCUGGAGAGGACGAACGCUGAUCAGAGCUCAGUGAUGGAGCAUGGAUGCAGCAGUUACCCAGGACAUUUUAACAGCCAUGAUGAAGUCAGACACCAACGUACACGUAGCCCACCCUAAGGUGUAGCUCCAAGAAGCCACUGAGCUCCUCGGAUUUUCCUUGUCUGGCUAAGAAAGUUGAGGAUGUCUCUCUCUGAGUCGCGCAGAGUGGAUGUGAGUUGCCAGACGCAUUUUAUUCUGCUGCUGCGCUGCGUGAAUUUGAACCUCAGACUUUCUAUCCACAAGAUGGGCCAAAGGAUUCCUGCCAAAAGGAUGCUGUGAAAACAAGCCAAACGCAGCUCCAGCAAGGGCAACGUGGUGCCAGUUCUGCCUGAUGGAUGUCUCUGCAUAUCAAAGUCAGAUGCUCCAGAAGUGGAAGGACACAAGACUUUCAGCCACAGCCUGCUCCUGCCAGAUGGCCUCAGAAGACUGAUUUUCCAUCACCUGCAGUUGGUCACACUUGCCAGUCUAAGGAGAUUUGUCCUCACCAAGAUGAGAGUCAUUCCAGAAGGAGCUUUCGCAGGACUUGGUGACCUGGAGAAAAUAGAGAUCUCACAGAACGAUGCCUUGGAGGUCAUAGAAGCAAAUGUGUUUUCCAGACUUCCCAAACUGCAUGAAAUAAGAAUUGAGAAAGCCAACAACCUCGUGUCCAUUGAUCAAGAUGCCUUCCAACACCUUCCAAGCCUCAGAUAUUUGUUAAUAUCAAACACUGGCCUUCACGUUUUACCUGCUCUCCAGAAGGUGCACUCUUUCCAGAAAGUUUUACUAGAUAUUCAAGACAAUAUCCAUAUACGUACCAUUAAAAGAAACUCCUUCUUGGGUCUGAGUUCUGAAAGUGUGAUUCUGUGGCUGAAUAAAAAUGGGAUUCAGGAAAUUGAGAACCAUGCCUUUAAUGGAACCUCCCUGGAUGAGCUAAACCUAAGUGAUAAUCACAACCUAGAAAAAUUACCAGAUGAGGUCUUCCAUGGAGCAAAUGGACCUGUAGUUUUGGAUAUUUCAAGGACAAGAAUCAGUUUCCUGCCAAGUCAUGGAUUAGAACUCAUUAAGAAGCUAAGAGCAAGGUCUACAUCCAAUUUAAAAAAGCUUCCUGAUUUAAGCAAAUUUAGAUCUUUGAUUGAGGCAAACCUCACCUAUCCUAGCCACUGCUGUGCGUUUGCAAACUGGAAAAGGCAAAACACUGAACUGCAUCCAAUAUGUAGCAUAUCUCAGGCCAAGCAAGACCUCAAUGAGCAACCUGGGAAUAAACAACUACACAGGCAACUUGCAGCUGAAGAUUACAUUUUCAGCUACGGCACAGGAUCUGACCCAGCAGAGAACGAAUUGGACUAUGGCUUAUGCAACGAAGUAGUUAAAGUAGCUUGCUCGCCUAAGCCUGAUGCUUUCAAUCCCUGUGAAGACAUCAUGGGAUACAACGCCCUGAGAGUCCUGAUAUGGUUCAUCAGCAUUUUAGCAGUCACUGGGAACAUUGUUGUCCUCGUUAUUUUGAUAAGCAGUCAAUACAAACUCACCGUACCUCGCUUCCUGAUGUGCAACCUUGCCCUCGCAGACCUCUGCAUCGGCAUCUACCUGCUGUUUAUUGCUGCCGUCGACGUCCAGACCAGGAGCCAGUACUACAACUACGCCAUAGACUGGCAAACCGGGGCGGGCUGCAACGCUGCAGGGUUCUUUACGGUGUUUGCCAGCGAGCUCUCCGUCUACACCCUGACUGCAAUCACCCUGGAGAGGUGGCACACCAUCACCUACGCCAUGCGGCUGGACCGCAAGGUGCGGUUCCGCCACGCCGCCGUCAUCAUGGCGUUUGGCUGGCUGUUCGCCUUCACGGUGGCACUUCUCCCCAUCUUUGGAGUCAGCAGCUACACGAAGGUCAGCAUCUGUUUGCCCAUGGAUAUAGAAACACCGUUUUCCCAGGCUUAUGUCAUAUUCCUUCUCGUGUUGAAUGUGCUUGCCUUUGUGACUAUCUGUGUCUGCUACAUCUGCAUCUACUUCACUGUGCGGAACCCCAAUGUCAUCGCUUCCAACAGCGACACCAAGAUUGCCAAGCGCAUGGCCAUACUGAUCUUCACAGAUUUCCUCUGCAUGGCACCAAUUUCCUUCUUUGCAAUCUCAGCCUCGCUGAAGGUACCUCUCAUCACAGUGUCCAAAUCCAAGAUCCUUCUGGUUUUGUUCUACCCCAUCAAUUCCUGCGCUAACCCUUUCCUCUACGCCAUCUUCACAAAGACUUUCCGCAGGGACUUUUUCAUCCUGCUGAGUAAGUUUGGUUGCUGUGAAAUGCAAGCCCAGAUGUACAGAACAGAAACCUCCUCAUCCGCUCACAAUUUCCACACAAGGAACGGCCAUUGCCCUCCUACAUCAAAAAACAGCGAGGGCACUAUGUACUCCUUGGUGCCUUUGCAUCACUUGAACUGAAACACUUGCAUGAAUUUGAGUCUGAGGCAGCGUGAUAACCACUUUCAACUGUGAACUUGAAUAAUGACUUCAGCAUAGCCUAUAAACUUAGUUUUUAUGAGAAAAAAAAAUUGGUUUUACCUUGCUGGCUUUUUGUUCCAUGAAUAACCUUCGUUGGAGGUGGCAGGUUGUCUUUGUCACUUCUUGAAGAACUCAGAACAGAACUCCAGCCUGAGCCAAAGUGUUCUUGUAGAACUGUCUUGGGAAAUAAAUGAGAUUAUAAACUGGUAUCUCCCACCA